AAUCACACGCUGCCAAGUCUGAACAGAUGUUUUCCAAGAACCUUAAAUAUCGUUACAGAAGUCGUUUAUAGUGUUAAACACUGCCCUCUACGCGCUGAAACACAUUAUAUAUGCAGUGUGGAACCUUAUUUACAUGGGUGAAAGUACACUUCAGACCACAUCAGUCCGACUUGAAAAUGAAGACAGUUAAGAAGCUGGUUGUUUUCUUUUCAGCUCUAGUGCAUGACGCUGUUGCCAUGUAGCUUCACCAGCACACUGCUAUGGAGGCUGCAGGGAGAGAAGUGCAGGCUGUGUCAUAGCUCUCAGUCUGCUUAUUUUCUCAACAACCAGGACGUUUUCUUUAAGGUUUCGGGUUAUAAUGUAAUUCAUGGACACCACGCUAAAAUAGCGGAAUAGAGCUAGCGGAGCCAUUUUGAGUACAGCUGCAGCAGAGUUGAUGCUAACGAGGAAGUGGCGACACACUGAGUGACACACUGGUACAGACGAGAGCUCGACAACAGAAACGCUGUGUGUAUGUGUAUGUGUGUAUGUGUGUCUGUGUGUAUAUGUGUAUGUGUAUGUAUGGCAGACUAGCAGUGCACACACACUGCACACCAUGGAUGCUAUCGGCGUCUUGAACAGCAACCCGCUGGACGACUACGAGCUGCUGCACCGCAUCGGGAGCGGCACCUACGGAGAUGUUUUCAAGGCACGUAACAUUAAGACAUCGAUCAUCUCAGCCAUCAAAGUAGUCAAACUGGAUGCUGGAGAUGACAUUUCAAGCAUUCAGCAGGAGAUCACCAUGAUGAAGGACUGCAUGCACAAAAACAUUGUGGCCUAUUUUGGCAGCUACCUCAGAAACAACAAAUUGUGGAUCUGCAUGGAGUUCUGUGGAGGAGGGUCACUGCAAGACAUCUACCAUGUGACUGGACCCCUGAAAGAGAGACAGAUAGCAUAUGUAUGCAGAGAAACACUACAGGGACUACAUUAUUUACAUAUGAUGGGAAAAAUGCACAGAGAUAUAAAAGGAGCCAACAUUCUUCUGACCGAGAGAGGAGAUGUCAAACUAGCGGAUUUUGGAGUAGCAGCAGAGAUAAAUGCAUCGGUUGUGAAGAGAAAGUCUUUUAUUGGGACCCCAUACUGGAUGGCUCCUGAGGUGGCCGCUGUAGAGAGGAAAGGUGGCUAUAACCAGCUGUGUGACAUCUGGGCAGUGGGUGUAACAGCCAUAGAACUAGCAGAACUGCAGCCACCAAUGUUUGAUCUACACCCAAUGAGAGCUUUAAUGCUGAUGUCCAAAAGCAGCUUCCAGCCACCCAAACUGAAGGACAAGACCAAAUGGUCCCGAGAAUUCCACUAUUUUGUCAAGAUGGCACUUACCAAAAGUCCUCGGAAGAGGCCAACAGCUGAGAAACUGCUGCAGCAUGCUUUUAUUACCCAACUGUUGACACGUAAUUUGGUCAUAGAGUUACUGGACACUGCCAACAACCCUGAUCUUCAGCACUCUCAGUCUAUGGAUGACAGUGAUCUUGAGACAUGCAGUGUUUUUCCUGAUAAGAUUACAUCUUUAGGGAAACACCUGCCUGUCAGAAAAAGAGUUUCUGAAGAGCAGUUUGGCCCUGAAAAGUUUGGACCAUCCAUGCAGAAGGACACAGACUCUUGCCCUGAUUCACUGGGAUCCUGUGAUGAGUGGAGCUCUAUUGGAGAUGAGGAGGAAUCUCCAGGUUUACUGGAGUGUGUUGAGGAAGCUUUGCUUGAGAGGAGCUUAACUAUGAAGAGAGCGCCCUCGGCUGAGGACUCACCAACGGAAGACGACAAAUACGGCACAGUGAAGAGGGUGGUCCCACAACCACAGGCAGCUAAAAUUCAUUCCCCUGCAAAUCAGGAUAAAACCGCCUCCACCCCCUCUCCAAGUUCUUCCCCUCUCAUUGGAUCAACACCCCACACAGAUGCUAACCCCUCCCUUGUUAAUGAGUCAGCGUUGCUGGUUGGCUCAACCGCCUCUGACCUUUCCCUCCUCACAAACAUCUCCCUCAUCAGUGACUCCUCAUUGUUAAACGAUUCCACCAGUCUGGGUUCCCUCUGCAUGUCUCCAACCGAUGAUUUAAUAACUGGAAGCCCCAUUUCUAUUGAGCCAGGAGGGAACAGAGGUCACUCUCUUCCCCGGCAGCCACUCUCACCUGAAUGGAGCACGCUUAGAAGAAAAACAGAAGACUCUAAAGAUGAUAUUCAUGGACUGCCACCUACACCUCAAGUGCAUAUGGGGGCCUGUUUCUCCAAAGUAUUUAAUGGCUGUCCAUUGAAGAUUCACUGUGCUGGUACUUGGGUUUUACCAAAGACCAGAGAUCAACAUCUAAUCCUGGGUGCAGAGGAGGGCAUUUACACUCUCAACCUCAAUGAGCUCCAUGAGGACACUAUGGAGAAGUUGCUCCCACAGAGAUGUAGCUGGCUAUAUAUCAUGAACAAUGUGCUAAUGUCUGUCUCAGGAAAGUCCUCACAGCUGACCUCCCACAGUCUGUCUGCACUCUUUGAGCACCGUGAAAACAUGCAACGGCGCCAAGGUCACCUGUCAAUCAACGCCCACCGCCUGAGUACGAGAAUCAGCUCAAGGAAGUAUGCCAUGUCUGUGAAGAUCCCGGACACUAAGGGCUGUAGAAGGUGUAGUGUAGUACGGAACCCCUAUACGGACAGCGUAUUCUUGUGUGCCGCAGUGCCAAGCGGUCUGGUUCUUCUCCUGUGGUAUGAGCCAAUGCAGAAGUUCAUGCAACUCAAACACAUACCUCUGAAUCUGCCUGAGUCCUUGCCAAUCUUUGAGCUUCUGGUGCAGGAGAGUGAGGAACUUCCACAAGUGUGUGUGGGGGUGCACUACAGAAAUCACAACUCUGGAGAGGCCAUGGAUCAUCUACAAUUCAACAUCAUCCCUCUUGAUGAUUCACCUAGAGGACACCCAGAUGGUGAGAGUCUCAAACUGAAACAAGUAACUCAACUGGAUAGAGACACAGUCCUCAUAGCUCUGGAAGACACUGUGAAAGCUGUAAAUCUGCAGGGCUGCUCCAGCAAAGGCUUGAUUUCAGAACUCACCUUCGACUUCUCCAUUGAGACACUUGUGUGCUUGCAGGACAGUGUUCUUGCCUUUUGGAAACAUGGACUUAAGGGAAAGAGCUUACAAAGUGGCGAGGUAGUGCAGGAGAUCACAGAUGAGAGUCGUGUCUUCCAGGUGCUGGGGACAAAUAAGGAUAUCAUCUUACAAAGCACUCCCACGGAUGAUCCGUCUGCCAUGAGCAACCUUUAUAUCCUUACUGGCCACGAGAGCAGCUAUUAAUGCAACUCAGGAACCUUUAAAUUAAUCCACAGUCAAGAAGGCACUUCUGUCCUCUACAACAAAUAAAGGGGGAGCCCUCAGAUCCUGUAGGUGGGAGACAGAGAGCACCGGCAUCAUUUCUGCCAAUGAGAGAAGUCCUGCAGAUUCACACAGAAACAAGAAGAAGAGGAAAGAAAGGGAGGGUUGAGCUGCCAGAGGCUCUGACACAACAGCAAAUCAGCAGAGAGAUAAAAUGAUGAACUAUCGUUAGUACAGUCAAAGACAACGAAGGACAUUAAGCAAAACUGUGGGGUUUGUUUGGACUGUACUGUAGGAGCAUGGUUUGGUAAUGUAAUGUAGCAGAUAAGACUGUUAGCCACGACUCACCUGAAGGUUAAACAGUUAUGGUAGCAAACAGCAAUGCUUGUCCUGUUCUCUGUUUUACUGAUGGUUGUACUACAGCAAAUCUUGACUGUCUUUGGUGGUGUUGUACUUUUGUAGAAUGGUGUGUGUUUUGGUGUCUGUUUUGUAGGCAGCUGAGCGAGAGUUGACUCAUUUGAUCAUCAGAUCAGAGAAAUAUAGUAUUCUUACUAAUGAGAAUGUCCAUUGCACUGUGAAACUAAGGAUGUAGAAAUCAACAGAAAGUAUUAACACUGUUCUGAAUUAUAUUUGAAUUAUAUUAGUAUCUGUGUAUCUACCCAUCCAUGCAUCCAUUCUCUGUUAUGCUUAACCUACGCAGGGUCGUGGGGUAGGCUGGAGCGUAUCCCAGGGGACUCGGGGCACGAGGCAGGGGACACCCUGGACAGGAUGCCAGGGCACAAUCACACACCCACUUACAUACUACAGACAAUUUGGAAAUGCCAAUCAUCUGGUCUUUGGACUAGGAGAGGAAACCGGAGUAAACCACCUAAAGCAUGGGGAGAACAUGCAAACUCCGCGCACACACAGGGCGGAGGCGGGAUUCAAACCCCCCAACCCCAGAGGUGCGAGACAACAGUGCUAACCACUAAGCCACCAUGCCAGUAAUCACUAUAGGAAUUUUAUAAUUCUCUCCUAAGAACACCUGCCUAGAAAUACACAACAAUAAGAUCUAACAAGCAACAGAAAUUAUCAUAAGAUAAUGAACUGAGUCAUUUCUAAUGCUUCACAAUUGACUCCUAAAAUACUCAUCUACUUACACUAGAUGUACAUAAAAGAACAAAAACAAAAUUUCAUGUAAGUGGUGAUCAUCAUAACAACUGUUACAUCAUCAGGGCAGUAUUCUUACCAUAUUUCAUCAGUAUUCAUCAAAUCAUAGAAGUUAUCACAUGACCAAGACAUUAAUAUGAAUGGUACAUCCAAAAUCAAGUACAUUAUUUUGCAAUUCGAGGUCAUGAAAUCUUAGUGUGUGGGAUAUAAGCUAUUUUUACCAUGCUCUUGAGUUGUUGAAUUAAUAAAAUAAUGCCAUGUUUUUGUAAUUCGAUUUUCUCUCAUUUUCUGUAAGAUUGAGCACUCAUCUGCUACGCUUCAUACUGUGGUUUCAUCAAACUCUCAGACAGUGGCACUGUACUUAACAGAGCUUCUCUCUUGAGAUCAUAUUGAGCAAGAACAAGUAGAACUCGAUGCCAGUCAACAGGGAUGCCUCCACCACCACCAAGUCUACUCCUUGUUACUAAUUUAUAAGCAGGAAAUGCUUUCGUGAUGUUGCUGAUGUUCGUAUUGCUUUUCUCUUGACUUUAUUUACAUAUGUGAACUUGAAGUAAUCCAAAAGUAAUCAGAUGACAUUACUUUCAUAUUGUAAUACAUGGAUUACAUCACUAAUGACAUUUUUAUGAAGUAAUUUGUAACUGUAAUGCAAUACAUUUUUAAAGUAAACUCCCAGCCCUGCAUGCAGUAAGUAAAAAGUAAUAUCACAACUUGUGAUUGGUGGUUUCACACCUAUAGCCAGUUGACCUUUCUACAGCAGUGUUGCAGUGAAGCAUGUCCUGUGUUCUACACACAUCCUGAAUGAGAUGGGGUCCGAGUGUUGUGUCCUGUUUUCUCUGAACGAGAUGGGGUCCGAGUGUUGUGUCCUGUUUUCUCUGAACGAGAUGGGGUCUGCAUGUCUUGUCCUGUUCUCAUGUCCUGUUUUCUCUGAAUUAGAUGGGGUCUGAGUGUCCUGUCCUGUUCUCAUGUCUUGUUUUCUCUGAAUUAGAUGGGGUCUGCGUGUCCUGUUCUCAUGUCUUGUUUUCUCUGA